UCGAUUUUCAAGCGCACACACACACACACACACCAUUUCAUAGCAGCGGCAGCAGGCCUGAUUUUUUUUUGUUGUAUGUUUGAGUGUGUUUUAUGUUUCAUGUUGUGUUCGAAAGUAUUAGCUGCUGCUGCUGACAAAUAUUAGUGAGUUUUAUCAAAGAAUUUUUUUUCGUUUCAAAAUUCUUUUCAAUAAUCAUCAAUUCCGAUGUGAUUUAUGUGAUUGUUUAUUAAUCAACAAUACAAUCACAUUAUUAUCCAUCAAUUAAAGCACCAUACAGAUAAUCAACUACAAUAAACAAAAACGAUUGUUCAAAAAAAAAAAAAUUAUGGCUGAAUUACAGUCCAGUUUAUUACUACGAAAACAAUUAAAUGAUCUAAAGAAAAAUCCUGUUGAAGGAUUUUCCGCCGGCCUUUGUGAUGAUAGCGAUAUUUACAAUUGGGAAGUGCUAAUUAUUGGUCCACCUGAUACACUAUAUGAAGGAGGUUUUUUCAAAGCAAAUCUUACAUUUCCAAAAGAGUAUCCAUUGAAACCGCCUAAGAUGCGUUUUUUGACCGAAAUAUGGCAUCCAAAUAUCGAUAAGAAUGGUAAUGUUUGUAUAUCGAUUCUACAUGAACCUGGUGAUGAUCGUUUUGGUUAUGAAAAAGCAUCCGAACGUUGGCUACCGGUACAUACAGUCGAAACUAUUCUAAUCUCAGUCAUUUCAAUGUUAGCCGAUCCAAAUGAUGAAUCACCAGCCAAUGUUGAUGCAGCGAAAGAAUGGCGACAAAAUUAUCAAAAUUUCAAAAGGAGAGUUGCUCAAUGCGUAAGGAAAAGUCAAGAAAUGGAUUAAUAACGUAGCCUCCAUAUGAUUGAAUCUGAUCGUCGUAUGAUCGGAAAAUCAAGUUUUUCAAAUUCAAUAUUCUCUUUAUAGGUAAACAAAAAAAACAACAAAAAAUGAUGAAAAAAAACUUUUAUUCGAUGAUUUAAUAUCUUGAUCACAUGCAUACCACAUUUGCAAAAAAAAAAAAAAAAUACAUUUCUCAGACAUUUUUUUCACAUGAUUGUCACAUUCACAUUCACACACACACACA